UGGCAAAGUAAGAAAAGAUUAGGUGCUUUGUUGACUCAGUAGCACGAUGGUUAAACAGUUUAGGUAAAUAUAGAGAAAUUAAUUAACAGAAUGCACAUAUACAUCAUGAAGACCUAAAAGCAUGACAAGGUCAAUGAUGACAACUCAUAAAAAUCUUAAGCAAGUGCAAAAUAUUAAUUCAUUUCCGCAGAAGGUACACCACUUUAAUAUUAUAAUCAAACUUAAGUUAUAAUUUAGUUAUUCAAAUCUUUAAUUUGGCCGGUCAAGAAGCUUUCUUUCUUGAUCAUCUGUUUUAAGAAUCCAUUACCUAUCACAAAUGCCAAAAGUUACCAAAAAAAAAAAAAAAGAAAGAAGGAAACCUAAAAUAGAGCAAACCCUUCCUUUAUCACAUACUUUUCGGUGUAUCCAUUGCAGCAGGGAAUGUAUCUCUGGAAGAGGGCUGCCGGAGUCCUCAAAGACCAGAAAAGCAUACUGGUGGCCACCCUUUCGCGGCGGACAUCGUACCGGAACCCUGAUCUUGAGGCAGCAAUUAUUAAAGCUACAAAUCAUAAUGAAAGCUAUGUAGAUUACAAGAAUGCUCAAAGAGUCUUUGCAUGGAUACGUACAUCUCCCGUUAGCCUAAAGCCUUUGAUUUGGGCUUUAACUGCUCGUAUAGAGAAGACUCAGAGUUGGGUUGUUGCGUUAAAGGGUUUGAUGCUUCUGCAUGGCGUUUUCUGCUGUAAAACCCAAGCUGUUUCAAGGAUUGGAAGAUUACCAUUUGAUCUUUCAAAUUUUACAGAUGGACAUUCCAAGCCAAGCAAAUCUUGGGGUUUCAAUGCGUUUAUUCGUGCUUAUUAUGCAUAUUUAGAUCAAAGAUCUUUAUUCUUAUAUGAGCAACGUCGAGAAAGAAUGGAAGAUAAUUCAAUGGUACAAGAGCUUAUAAAGCUUGAAACCUGGCAAUCUUUGCUUGACAUGUUGCUUCAAAUUAAGCCAUUGGCUAAUAACAUGAGAGAAUGCUUGAUUCUUGAAGCUAUGGAUUGUGUUAUUAUUGAAAUAUUCGAUGUUUAUAGCAGGAUUUGUAAUGGGAUUGCCAGAAUUCUAAUGGGGAUUUAUUCAGCUGGAAAGCUUGAAGCUACCUUGUCACUUAAGGUUCUUCAAAAGGCAAUGAAUCAAGGUGAAGAUCUUGCUUUAUAUUUUGAGUUUUGCAGGGAUUUUGGCGUCUUUAAUGCAAUGGAAGUACCGAAAGUUACAAAGAUCCCCGAUGAAGAUAUCAAAGAUCUCGAGCGUAUUAUUAAUGGUGUUUAUGAAAAGAAAAAUAUCGACGAGAAUGACAAUAAUAAGAAUAAAAACAACAACAAAAUUGUUGCCAUUGAUGAAAAGAAGGAAGCAAUACAGAAACUGAAGACAAUAAUCACUGACAAAUGGGAGGUAUUUGAUGAAGAAUUGAAGGUUGUUAAUAUAAGGAACGAAGGAAAAGAAAACCCUCUUCAAAGUCCUUCAAAUUAUUUACCUCUUAUUCCGAUUGACGAGCCUGUUAAUUGUAAACAACAAGAAAUUCCAGAUUUUAUUAGUUUCUGUUAGUUGGAUUAUACUUGCAGUUUGUCUCUUUACUUCCCUAUUGAUGGAGUUUUCUUCUUCUUCUUCUUUUUUUCCUAAUAUCAUUCGCCGCAUUUUACUUUUUA